UCGACAUGGCAACACAAAUAUGGUGCAAGAAAAUUCGUGAAGAUGACCAAUUUGAUGUGCCUGAGAAGCUAGAUUCCGAAAAUAUUCCUACAGCAUCUGAUAAAAAAGAAAAGAAACCAGAAGACAAGGAGCCUGCUAAUCAUACUCCAGUCUUUGAUCUUUUGGUUCCUUAUUUACCACGUACAAAGGACAAUCCAGCAAGUCGACGCGUUUUUAUUUCUUUCGAUGAUGUGAAUCGAUAUGUUAAAGAGUUCACCGAGCAAAUUUCUGAAGAGGAAGAGGAAGAUGAAAACGAAGUGAAACAAAUACACAGCUUGGGAAUCAAUCCGCCGCCUCUUUUAGCGUUAGAGGUUUAA